ACUGCACGAAUCCGACGCUGGGAAUGAUGGCGGACGGAGGCAGUGGGUGGCUCUGCUGCUGAGUGGUUUGUUUUCCUUUGCGUUCACUGUUUUUUUUUUCCUUACGCGUUUAGUCCCGUUUUUUUUUUUGUUUGUUUGUUUUGCGCAAUGUCGUUCGUUUACACAUAUCCGACGAGCGCCUGAAAACGAGACGGAAGCAUCGCCGGCGAGGAAGAAUACAGCCCGGACGAGAUGAUACCUCGGACGCCCUAGGCCCCGAUCGGAGACGCGUGCCCCGCCGCGAGGGCCCCGCGAGGCAUGGCGGCGGCGGCACCGGCGGCGGCGGCCCCCGCCCCCGCCCCGCCCCCCAAGAAGGGGAGCUACCCUUCGAGGCAGAGGCGCUUCGGCCCGGCCCCCCUGGCCUCCUUCGAGGACCUCCCCACGGACGACCAGGACAGCAGCCCCGAGGGGGGCCGACACGGGGGAGACCCCUCUCCCGACGGCGGCCGGCUCGCCAAGAGCCCCAGUCUCCAGAGCCCCGACACCCUCGUCCCGUCGGAGGUGUCCACCCCGCACGUGGAGAGCGACGGUGACUCGCACAUGACGCUGACGCCCUGCGAACCCCCGAAGACCCCGAUCGACAUCGUUGCGCCAAAUGGAUCUGCCUCCUCUCCCAUCUCGAGCCUGGAAGCGGGCAAGCCCCUGUCCCCGGUUGGGGCAGCCCCGAGAGGGCAGUCUCCGGCGACCGCCGCGGCGAACGUGACGGCCCGGACGGUGGGGGGCGGAGAUGGCCACCAGAAAAAGCUCUCUUCUGGCUCCAUCCUCCUGACCCCGCAAAACGAAACCACAGACACGCCGAUGACAGGCGAAGACGGGCACAAGAAGAAGCUCUCCUCGGGAUCUAUCCUCCUCACGCCGCAGCACGAAGAGGCGACGUCGCCAAGCGCCGACGGAACCAAGCGCAAGGGCUCUUGGACCGACAUCUUUCGCAGUCGAAGCAGGAGCCGUAGCCGCAGCCGAUCUCCCCAGAGCUCGCCGCACCGCAACCCAGCCGACACCCCCCCGUACGCCCCUGACUCCGCACCGAGGGACUCUGUAAAGACGUCGGAAAAGUCCAAGAAGAAGGACGCCGGGAGCGGCGGAGGAGGGUUCCUCUCGUCGCUGCUCAAGCUCGGCGGCCGCAAGUCUCCGCGGAGCAAGACUCCGUCUCCUCCGCGGACUCCGCCGUGCGUCCCGCCACGCCUUUCUAUCACGGUUCACGACGAGGACGCCAUCCGAGAGUUUGUGCCCCAGGCGACCUCGGAGGAAAAGGAUUCGAAGAGAGACCGCAGAGCGGAAGAGGAGGCGCCGAUAGAGGAGGCGUCGCCGUCGAAGAGGCCGCAGGCCCUCGAGAUCCAGACAAGGGCCGAGAUAGCCCCUGAGCUAGUGGAACAGUUCCACCACGCCUUUUCGCAAGACCUGGAGGAAGAGUGCAACCGGGACCCUUUUGAGAACGCCAAGACGUGCUUUCUGGAGCGGCCCUGUCAGUCCCUGGCAGACAUCCCCAGUGCCAGCGCCAGCCGGCGCAACAGCGACCGGAAGGAGGAGUCCCCUCCUCCAGACGACCAUGUCUCCUCGGAGUCUGAGCUGGGGUUUGAAGCCAGCAGCAGCGAGCGGGUCAAGCUGAAGGUCUCCAAGCAGACAAGCCAGGACGAGUUUGAGUCAGAAACACUGCUCGCCCAGGACUCCGUGGAGUGCGAGGACUUCCUGAUGGUGUUUUCCCCCGCGACGCCCGCCAAGAGCCCCGUGCGGACACCCACACGCAAGCAGCGGCUGGAGGUGGUCACCAUCCCCAUCGAGCGGCCCCGCAGCACCACCCCCAUCAACGUAGCGCCCCUCGAGGCCUUCAUCCACGGCUCGGCCGCAUCUCCGGACCUCGCCGCAUCGGCAACGGCCGAGCGCGUCGAGAAGAUCAAGCUCUUUCUCCCCGGCGAGCAGUUCUCGGCGCGGGCCCCCAAGAGCCCGCGCCGCAGCUCGCUCAAGAGCUGGCUCAACUUCUGCGAGGAGGGCCUGCAGAGCCCCCGCGUCCGCAAGCGGUCCCAGAGCGGAGGGGACGACGCGGACAGCCCCGCGGGAUCGCCAGGCGAGGGCAGCCGCUUCUUUCCCAAGGGAGAGCGGACCCCGAGCGACGACGCACACUGGGUCGCCGCCGCAUUCCGCGACGAGGCGUGCGCCCCCAGCGGUGGCGGCGGCGACGGAGCCAACCCCUUCGAGCGCAACGCGGCGCCGUGCGAAUGCGAGUGCCGCCUGUGCGACUGCGAGUGCCGUGGCUGCCCAUGCAAUUGUCACUUCUUCUCGGCCGACCUGCCCCACGACGAGACGGGCGUGCGGGCCGGCCGGAGCAGCGCGGAUAGCUCGCCUUCAAAGGACUGCGACUGCGAGUGCCACGCCAAGGUGGCAGCCGUGGCCAAGGCGCCGGUGGACUUGUCGUUGCGGCUGUCCGGCAGUUCGUCGUCGGUCGUGACGUCCCCGGACAAUUCGUCGGCGCCCAGCAGCUCGGGCACCGAGCACACCUCGUAGAGGCAACCUCGACCCCCCCCCUCCGGGCCUCGGUUUUGUAGUCUGUGAGUACACCACCCCCCCCUUCACGCCCGCCACCGUCUGUUUGGCGAGGGCGCCGUCUUUUAGGAUCUUCUCGUACACGUGCCCGUGGAAUGCUGCUCUCAUUGUCCCGGCAUGUCGCUGCAUGUUUUGUUGGUGUGUUGCACUUGGCAAGCUGCUCAGCGUGCUCGCAUUUUCUGCCAGUCGCGUUGACGUGGUCUUUGUUUGCAAUGUUUUUCGUUUUAGAGAAUAAUUUAUUUUGCCUCCUUCUGGUCACUACUUAUUAGGAAUGUGCAAACUAACUGCCAGUUCGAGUUGAAUGUAUGCUGUAGGAGUGAGAAACUGCAACAUAUUAAAAAAACUGUUUGUUCUUAUUA